GAUGGUCUAAGUAGAAAAAAUCAACUCUUCAACACCAGAUUCUCUAAGUACUAGUGGUGAUAUAUAGUGGUUUUCAUAUGAUAGCCAUGAAUGAACCAUUGGAGACCAUCAUGGAGGCAAGGGAAGAUUUCAUGGUUUCACCAGCUGGUGAUAGUGAACCAACUUUCAGAACAGCCCAUUUUCUGAAACCCUUUGCUACCUCCAUUGAUGGAAAAGUUUCUGAGGCUCUCUCAUCCUCUUUGCAACUCAGGUUUGAACCAAAGGAGUGCCCUUUGAGAGUCUAUUUCAAUGGGUGGCGCAACACUCAUGAGAGAUGGAACAGCUGGGUGGAUGCACUUCAUCUCAAGUAUGAAGCUGUGUGGAAGAAAGUUGGAAUCUUUGAAGCUGUCAUAAACACCAAGUGCUACAUUGUGAGAAAUCAUGACUUGGCAUUUGGGGUUGCAGAAAAAUGGUGUUCUAAGACAAACACCUUUGUGUUUCCAUGGGGUGAGGCCACAAUCACAUUGGAGGAUGUCAUGGUUUUGGGGGGUUACCCUGUUCUUGGUGAUCCUGUUUUCACCUCACUUCAGAACCAGGAAAUGAAAGAAGCAGAACAAAAAUUGAUUCUUGCAAGACAAGAACCUUGGAUGGGUAAAAAAGGUAAGACCUUCACUUCAACAUGGAUAGAUUUUUUCAUGAAUAGUGGGAGUGAUAUUGAGCAUGAAGCAUUCCUUGCUACUUGGUUGUCAAUGUUUGUUUUCCCUCACAAAACAUUUGUAAAACGGUCUCUAUUCCCUAUUGCUAUUCUUCUAGCUAGAGGGAGUCCCAUAGCUUUGGCACCAGCAGUUUUGGCUAGCAUAUAUAAGGAUUUGUGUUUGUUGAAAGAAUUAAUAGCUGAUUUGACAAAAAAUCCAGUAGUUGGUGAUAAAAAGCACAUGGGUUUAGAUGUUACUCUUGAGUCACCCUUUUACUUGGUUCAAAUUUGGGUGUGGGAAAGGUUCCAAAAUUUGCAGCCAGAGCCCAAUUUAACCAACAAUGUAGACACUGCACUGUUUAGGUGGCACAAGGUGAGGGGCUUGAAAAUAGACAAUGUGAGGCUGGCACUAGAUUCAGCUAUUGAUGAUUUUCUUUGGCGUCCAUAUGUUAGAUUUGCUGGUAAGUACAGGACAUUUUAUCCAGAAAAUGAAACUUUUGUACAAUUUGAGGCAGAUUUGGACAAAGAACUAGCCUCAUUUAUUAGAUGCACAAGAGUUUCUGAGAUUGUUGGAAUUGACUCUACCAUAAUGCAGUACCUCCCACAUAGAGUUUCUAUGCAAUUCGGAAUGGAUCAAGAUGUUCCGGAUUCUGUGCCGGUAUUCAAAAGGACUAAAGCUAUUGCUUGGGAAAAUUACUGCAGGCCCAUUUCUGAUAGGAAUUUGUAUUUUCCAUCAAGGCUUUUUGAGGCAGAUGUUACCACACGUUAUGAAAUGUGGUGGAAGCAAUCAAUAUUGCAUCAACAUGAUUUUGCUAUGAGAAGUGCAAGGCCAUCAAAUUGUGGGCCUCAUGUAGGAGAAGUAAACAAUAGUGGUGAUGAUCCUGAUGUUCCACCUGGAAUUCCUCUCAAACAAAUUAGCACAACUAUUCUUGGGAAAUCCUAUGAUCCUUCAAACACUGUGAAUGGUGAAAAUGAAAAUGUUGCUGAUGUACCUCCUGAGUUUCUUCCUAAUCGUUUGAAAAAUGUUCCUUCUGGGAAUUCUGUUCAAGAUGGUUUGAAAGAAAAAGAUAUAGCUGAACCUUCAUUAAGGAGUUUGAAGAAAGAUUCUGAAGGUGCAAAAGGGAUUAAAGCAUCAAGGAUGUCUGGUGACAAAGUAAAGCUAUCUGGGAUCCAAGGUGAAAGACAUAGCUGUGUAAAUGUAGUGGACCUUGAAGAGAGAAUUAGCAGACUUGAGGGAGUGACUGCAAAGUUAAAGAAAGCAAGGUUUGGUAACAUAUGAAAAAUUAUUUGCUCACCGCUUGUAAACAUGUGUUGUGUCCUCCUUUUGUGUGCCUUUAUUUGUUGGUUUAGCUGAUAGGUGUUCUGUAAUUUGACUCAUUUAGAAUCAAUAUCAAAAUCAAUAUCAAUAUCAAUAUAUAUUAAAAAAGAACAACUUCUAGCAU